AUGGCUAGGUCUCCUCUAAAUGUGGCCGUUAUAGGCUAUGGUCUUUCAGCCCAAGUCUUUCAAAUUCCCUUCAUUGCCAAUGUGCCUAUGCUUAAUCUCUACGCUAUUGUGCAGCGCCAACCGAUGCCACACAAUGACGCGGGCAAAGAGCACCCUGGCGUGAAGAUAUAUCGCAGUACCAGUGAUCUGCUUCAGGACGCAGAAGUGGACCUGGUCGUGGUGGCCACCGCAUCGCAUACGCACUUCGACGUAUUUUUAUGCGAGAAGCCCUUUACAAUGACGGUAAAGCAAGCCGACGAGCUGAUCGCUCUUGCGCAUGAGCGCCGUUGCCUGCUUACCGUGUUUCAUAACAGACGUUGGGACUCCGACUUCCUGACGCUAUCCUCACUCAUUCAGAAUGAUGUUCUAGGUCGUAUCGUCGAAUUCGAAAGCCACUUCGAUGUGCACUCGCCUUCCGUUCGUGCAGGAUGGAAGGCUACCUGGAGAACUGAAACCGCAACAGGGAGUGGUGUUCUAUAUGACUUGGGCGCCCAUCUGAUCGACCAGGCUCUCGUUCUAUUUGGCAAACCACGAAAGGUGACUGCAUUUUUGUAUCAUCAGCGCACCGGGGACGCGAAAUAUGGAGACCCUGACUCGAUGACUGUCCUGCUGCAUUACAUGGACGGCAAGUUAGCGACACUCAAGGCAUCGGUAAUAAAUCCGACAGAUAAGCAAUUACGAUAUUGGGUACGUGGAGAGAAAGGCACGUUCAGAAAGUAUCAUCUCGAUGUUCAAGAAAGUCAAAUCGUGAACGAAAGACGCAUGCCUGGGAGCCCUGGAUUUGGCAUUGAGCCGUCGAGCCACCAUGGAACCCUUACCACCGCACCUGUCAACGGUAACAUAAUAAGUCAGCCUCUUCCAACGUUAGCUGGACCGACCUAUGAAUCACUUUACAAGACCCUGGUGGAGGCGCUCCAUGGCAACGGGGAUGUGCCUGUCUCACCGGAGUCGGCAAGAGACGUGAUCCAUGUUAUUGAACUAGCCAUCCAGAGCGCGGCGCAAGAGAAAACGCUGUCUCUAUGA